AUGCCCCGCAGAGUCCAAAGAUCAGUAAUCCAAUUGAUCUUCUUCGGCGCCAUCCUCUUCACAAUCCUCUACCUGAACCGUCCCACGAGCAUCCCUCCAACCUUUGCCUGGUCCAAAAUCCGUUAUCAAACGACCGCACAUACUCUCCCACAAACCCGCGGCAAAUGCCCAAACCUCUCCACCACCAAGAAACCCGCCCUUAUCGUCUCCCACGUCGACGCAGACGGUGAUACUUCCUGGCUCUCCUCCCUCGCAGACCGUUACCACCUCUGCAUCUACGAUGUCGACGCCUCGCCCGAUAAACCCUCAGAAUACCUCCAGGUCCCCGCGAACCGCGGCCACGAGGCCAUGGCCUACCUCACCUUCCUGAUCGACAAUUACGCCGAGAUCCCGUCCGCGGGCGCGGUGUUUGUACACGGGUCGCGGUGGGCGUGGCAUAACGAUGCGCCGGAUUAUGAUAAUAAGGCGUUACUGGAAGUGUUGGAUGUCGAGCGUGCGCUGCAGGUAUCCGGGUAUCACAAUCUGCGCUGUGAUUGGAGUACAAGCACAUGUCCACCUUCUGCGCCGGCGCAGGGUAGUCUCGAGAUGAGACUGCAGUCUGUAGUGGCGCCGUGGAGUGCGCGCGCAGCGUCGGAUGUUGCGCUUCCUCGUGCGUUGGCGGCGAUAUUCGGUGGAGAUGGGUCUUUAUUGGAGGGGAGGUUACAUCUUGGGCGGACGGAUACGGUGCGCUCGCAGUGUUGUGCGCAGUUUGUUGUUUCGCGCGCGCGGAUCUGGCAGCAUACGAGGGAGGAGUAUGUUGCGUUGAGGCAGUGGUUGUUGGAUGGGGGUGUUGAUGGAGAUGGGAGGCGUUCGUCGAGAGGCGAUCAGGCUGCGCCGCAGGAUGAUCGUGUCGCGGGUCGGAUUUUGUCGUAUUUGUGGCAUAUCUUGUUUGCAAAAGUGGGUGCUGAUGGGGCGGUGGAUCUUGCGCAGUUGAAUAAGGAUGCUUGUCCGAGUGCGCAGGAUUGUUAUUGUCGUUUAUAUGGACGGUGUGGACUGCAGUGUCCAAAUCCUGGGACUUGUCGGGGACAGUAUCAGGUUCCGCAGUAUUUUAAGCUUCCUGAUGACUGGGAGGCUACACAUUCAUGA